AUUUUCAAUGUAAAUUAAGAAGUCACCUUCGUCUCCGUCUUGGUAUUUACUUAAUCUUUGUCAGGAUUUGCAUCAAUACCUUGUUUCCUCAUGUACUGUUCUUGGGCAAUUAAGUUCUUCCUGAAAAUAGCCCUCUUGGGUUCUGCUGUAAUUAGUGUAGAAUGUCUAAGCUUUACAUAUCCGAAAUUUGAAACUGAAAAUGAGACUGAUCUCAUCCGACACAAUUCCUAUAUAGUUCUUAAUGCUAUCCAAGUCACACCUGAUGUUAGUGGAGGCUCCAUCACCAACCUGUCAGGGCGAGCCUUGUACAAAGAGCCAUUCAAGCUAUGGGGCAAAAGCAAGAAAGGUAUAAGUCGUACCAGAGCAUCUUUCAAUUCGACCUUUGUGCUUAACAUUAGUCCUCGAACAAAUCCAGGUGGAGAAGGUGUAGCAUUUAUCCUGACAGAGGAUUCUGAUCUCCCAGAAAAUAGUCAAGGACAAUGGCUUGGUAUAGUAAAUGAAAAUACUAAUGGGAAUUCUCAAGCCAAGAUAAUUGGAAUAGAAUUUGACACCAGGAAGAGCUUUCCAAGAGAUGUUGACGAUAACCAUGUAGGAUUGGAUGUCAACAGUAUCUACUCUAUUAGACAAGAACCAUUAGGUAUUCAUGGUGUUGAUCUUUCAGCAGGCAUUGAUGUAAUGGUACAAAUUCAAUAUGACGGUGAGACUUUGAUUCUUUCUAUUGGACAGCAGGAAAAGAAUUUUCUAUUUUCUGUGCCUAUUGAUCUGUCCGCCUAUCUUCCAGAGGAGGUUUUCGUGGGAUUUUCAGGUUCAACCAGCAAUUAUACUGAGCUAAACUGUGUAAGAUCCUGGGAAUUCUACAGUUCAGUUAUAAAAGAGGAGUCCAGUCUGUUAUGGGUUAAAAUCGUUGCUCCUAUUGGAGCAGCUUUGCUUAUUGGUAUUACUUUUUACAUCUGCCGGAGAUGGAAAGCGGAAAAGCACCGACCAGUGGUUGCCGAUCCAAGCAUAGAAGAAGAGAUAAAUGGAUCAUCAAUGGCCCCUAGGAAGUUCACUUUUAAAGAACUUGAAAAGGCAACAGCCAAAUUCAAUUCGCAGAACAUGAUUGGAAAAGGUGGUUUUGGAGCAGUCUAUAAGGGAAUCUUGAAUAAUGAGGAAGUAGCAGUUAAAAGAAUCUCCAGAGAGUCGACCCAGGGCAAGCAAGAAUUCAUUGCAGAAGUCACAACAAUUGGCAACUUUCACCACAAGAACCUUGUAAAACUAAUCGGAUGGUGCUACGAAAGGAAUGAGUUCCUUCUUGUGUACGAGUAUAUGCCAAAUGGUAGCCUAGAUAAGCUCAUUUUCAGAGAAGACACUGCAGAAGUGCAAGAAAAAACAUUGGAUUGGGGAAAAAGGAUCAAUAUAAUCUUAGGAAUAGCUCAGGCAUUGGACUAUCUGCAUAACGGAUGUGAGAAGAGGGUACUUCAUCGAGACAUAAAAACCAGCAAUAUAAUGUUGGAUUCAGAGUUCAAUGCAAAGCUUGGAGACUUUGGGCUCGCUCGUAUGGUAAAACAAAGAGAACAAACGCAUCACACAACCAGGGAGCUUGCAGGAACACAUGGUUAUAUGGCUCCAGAGUGUUUUUUCACUGCAAGAGCAACCGUUGAAACAGAUGUUUAUGCAUUUGGUGUACUUCUUUUGGAAGUUGUUUGCGGAAAGAAACCUGGAAAUCAAAAUGAGCAGAGUGACUAUAAUAGUAGGAUAGUUUGUUGGGUAUGGGAACUUUAUAGGUUAGGAAGAAUUCUUGAUGCAGCUGAUCGAAAAUCGAUUGGAGUGCGCUCAGAUGAAGAAAUGGAGUGUGUUCUUAUUCUAGGGCUGGCUUGUUGCAACCCAAACCAAGAACAACGGCCAUCCAUGAAAAUUGUGUUGCAGGUUCUUACAGGGGAAGCACCUCUACCUAUUGUACCUCCUGAAAUGCCUGCUUUUGUGUGGCAGACCACGCCUCCACCUAUAAAAGAGUCAGAUUGCUCUCUCACUGGAAGUCAACUCACUCCAUUUUCAGAAAUUACUGGGAGAUGAAAUGUUUCUGCAUUUGUUUUUUAAAUUCUGAACUGUAAACUUGCAAAUUUCAAUAUUUACAUUUCAGUAUGUCUGCUUUCCAGGAAA